AUGGAGGCUCUUGGGAUCUUCCUGGCGGUGACCUUCCUCGCCAUGCUCGGCUCCGCCCGGGGGCUCGCCGGCGGGUGGACCAGAGCCCACGCCACCUUCUACGGCGGUGGCGAUGCCUCGGGAACGAUGGGUGAGCUCGAUGACCCGGAGCGGGUCCCAACGCUCUCUGAUCUGAGAACUGCUCACUCAUCCUCAUCGUUCUAAUGUGCAGGGGGAGCUUGCGGGUAUGGGAAUCUAUACAGGCAGGGCUACGGCACGAGCACGGCGGCGCUGAGCACGGCGCUGUUCAACAACGGGCAGAGGUGCGGCUCCUGCUACGAGAUCCGGUGCGCCGACGACCCACGGUGGUGCCUACCGGGCUCAAUCGUGGUGACGGCCACCAACUUCUGCCCCCCCAACAACGCCCUCCCCAACAACGCCGGCGGCUGGUGCAACCCCCCGCUCCAGCACUUCGACCUCUCCCAGCCCGUCUUCCUCCACAUUGCCCAGUACAAGGCUGGCAUCGUCCCCGUCGAUUACAGAAGGUAACCCAAAUCCCUCCCUCCCUCUCUCUCUCUCUCUCUCUGUCUCUCUCUCUCUCUGUCUCUCUCUCUAAAAAUGUCUUGGCAGGGUGGCCUGCGUAAAGAAAGGGGAGAUCAGGUUCACCAUCAACGGGCACUCCUACUUCAACCUGGUGCUCAUCAGCAACGUGGGCGGGGCGGGGGACGUGGUGGCGGCGUCCAUCAAGGGGUCCAGGACGGGGUGGCAGGCCAUGAGCAGAAACUGGGGGCAGAACUGGCAGAGCAACAGCUACCUCGACGGUCAGUCUCUCUCCUUCCGAAUCACCACCAGCGACGGCCGCUCCGUGACCUCCAUGGACGUCGCCCCAGCUCACUGGAGCUUCGGCCAGACCUUCUCCGGAGGGCAGUUCUAA